AUGUCAGGUUUAAGAACAGUUUCAGCUUCCUCUGGAAAUGCAAAAAAUUACGAUUCGAUCAUGAAGAUCUUAUUGAUUGGUGAUUCAGGUGUUGGUAAAUCUUGUCUGUUGGUUAGAUUUGUUGAUGAUAAGUUUAACCCAUCGUUCAUUACUACCAUCGGUAUUGAUUUUAAAAUCAAAACCAUUGAUAUCAACGGUAAGAAAAUUAAAUUACAAUUAUGGGAUACUGCUGGUCAAGAAAGAUUCAGGACUAUCACGACAGCCUAUUACCGUGGUGCCAUGGGUAUCAUUUUAGUUUAUGAUGUCACUGAUGAAAAUACUUUUGAAAAUAUUAGAACUUGGUUCAAGACAGUGAAUGAGCAUGCUAAUGGUGAAGCUCAACUGUUAUUAGUUGGUAAUAAGAGUGAUAUGGAAACAAGAACAGUAACGUACGAACAAGGUGAAAGCUUAGCAAAAGAAUUAGGAAUUCCUUUCAUCGAAUCAAGUGCUAAAGAUGACAAGAAUGUCAAUGAGAUUUUCUUCACUUUAACCAAUUUAAUUCAAGAAAAAAUAGAUAGCAAUAAAAUGACUGAAACUCCAGCUGCAGGCAAAAAGGACAAUGUUAAUAUUAAUUCAAGUAAUGGUGGCAGUUCAAAAUCUAAUUGUUGUAAUUAA